UUGUUUCACUUGUCAAUUAUUUAAUAAGUUGAUAAGAGUUGUUGUCUUUUUAAUUUAGUUAGAUUUGCAAUGUCAAAGCGUUCUUCUACCAAUUCAAAGAACAAUUCUGCAUCAACGCAUUCUUUAUCGUAUUUGAACCCAUACUUCAACGAUGUCAGAUUUCUCAUAGCCUACAAGAAGGCGCAUGCCUCAGACAGUCAUGAAGACGUCUCCACAUUGGCAUCGAUCACUCGAAGGGACAAAUUCUGCAAAAAGUGCUUCCUGACCGACGAAUUGUGUCGCUACUAUGCCAAAAGACUGAAGAUGCCAAAGGAAGGAGUCGCCAAUUUGCAGUCAAAGAAUAUAAAUGUCCAGCCAGAUGGGAGGAAGGAAAAGGCAGAGUUUAAAGCAGAGGAAGGCAUAGAAGGAGGAGCAGAGGAAUAUAGUAGUAGAAGGGAGCAGAAAAUGGAUCAGAGGGAGGGAAAGAGGCAGAGAAGAAAAAGAAGUAUAGAGGUAUUAAAAUUCAACUCCAUUCUUUAAUUGAAGGCAUUUCGAAAAAAGAAAAUAUAUAAUUGGAAGAAAUAAUACAAUUUCUACCAAAAAUAAGA